AUGGUUCAAGGAGCAGAAGCAGCUUUCACUGAGCCAGAGUUACAGUCGAUGGACAGGACAUGUUCACUAGAACCAGAAGCAGAUACUAGAACAGGUGAAAAGGAAAAAGUCCUUAUGCGAAAUUUGCCAGGAUAUGUCAAGAUUUGCCAUGUACCGGAGAAUUAUACAUUUGACAAGCUGAGUGGUGAAUUGCUGCGAGCAAACCUACCUGUUCCAUUUGAACGACUAAUUUUUCUUGAUGGGAUGCAAGAGGCUCUCCUGAUUUGUAAGACUUCAAAAGAUGCUCAACAGCUAUCAAAAUUUAGUGGAGACACUUCCUUUUCAUUCUUUUGUGGUGAAGAGCAGCCACUGGGAAAUUUCACUCUAACACUGAAGAAUGAAGACUUGGAAGAACUUAGGCGAAAAAAGAAUUUCAGAAACUUUCAAGAUGGUCUAAACAAAUUGCACAUAAAUUUUGAUAUGGAUGGUAGUUUAGAAGUAAAAGUUAAAACAUUUUAUCAGUUGACAUGUAUAGAUAAACUGAUGAAAAUGUUGUUACACACAGAUCCAGAAAAUACUGGUAGUAGGUUUGUAAUGACAUCUGGAGAGGAUGAUUUUGAGCACAUUCUUGAAGCAACUGUAAACAUUGAAGGUGCCACAGAUAGAAUUUGGCAAGUUAUGCAGGUAGAGAAAGCAAAUAAAAUCAAAGAAUUUCGGGAAACUUGUGGCACCAUUUCCCAUUCAGAAGAUGUUCUUACAAUUAAAAGAAGAGAUAUUGAAGCAAGCGACAGUACGUUUGAUGAUUUUGUAACAGUUUUUAAAUCAUUUGUGGAAGGAAUGAAACCUAUGGAGUUCGAGGAUAUACCAGUAGAUGACAAGUUUGUAGAUAAAAUUCCUACAUGGCAAGAAGAAAUUGAAAAUACUUUAAACAAGCACUGUUGUACUUUUAUACAGGAACAAAAAAAGGUUAUUGCAUACUUUGAUUCUUAUGAAAAAACAAAACAGAUUGAACACCAUUUUCUUGUUAAGCAAGAGAAAAGGAAACAAACAGCGCGAAGAAGGCAGAAAGGAGCUACUACAAAAGAUGGUCCAGAGUCAUUGCAGUCAGAAUAUGUCCAAUCAUCUGCUACAAAGAAAGCAGAUUUUGAAUGGAGCAGAGAUGCAGAGAAUUGUGCAACAUUUAAAACAACAGAAGGAGUACAGGUUUAUGUGUAUAAAGCAAACAUACUGAAACUACCAGUAGAUUGUAUUGUAAAUGCAGCAAAUGAUACUUUGCAACAUGGUGGUGGAGUGGCUCAGGUAAUAGCUAGAGGUGCUGGACAAGAACUAACUGAUGAAGGGAAUAGAUACAUACGAAAGAAAGGCAAAAUACCUGUUGGACAAGUAGUAUCAACAACAGCCGGAAAGCUUCCAUAUAGAUAUGUGAUGCAUGCUGUUGGACCACGUUGGGCAGAAUAUGCACCACAUUAUGAUAAUGAUGUUCAAAGAUGUGAGAAUGAUCUCUACAAUGCAAUUUACAAUAGUUUCCUAGAAGCUGAUAAGAAGGGACUUCAGACAAUAGCACUUCCUGCAAUAAGUGCUGCCAUAUUUGCAGUUCCUAUUGAUCUUUGUGUCAGUCAGUAUGUUGAGGCAACAAUUCAAUAUAGUUCGAAGAAAAAUUCUAUGACAAACAUUAAAGAAAUACACUUCAUUGAUAUAAAUCCAAGAAUUGUACGAGCAAUUCAAAGGGAAUUUGAAACAGUAUUGGUUCAGGGAAAAGUAUCACCAUAUGAUAGACAGAAGCAUGUGCAGUUGCCACGUGGGUACAGACACAGAUCCCCAAAAACUAACAAUGAAGCAUCUUGCCAGAAUUUUAAGUUUCAAAAUAAUGGCAGAAGAACACACAACCAGACUGUGUAUGAAAAAAAAGGAGCAGACCUUAUGAAAGAUGUUUCCUUUAGUACAGGAGAGGUAACAAAGUACAGUGAAGGAGACAAACAUGUAUACCUGCUAGGUGGAACAGAUGUGCAUAAACUUUUUGUAUACACCAGUGAUAUUUUAGAAUUAAAAGAUUCAGCAAUAGUUGUACCUUUGGAUGAGUAUCUUGUGGUAGGUGCAAUUGGAAGAGCUGUUAAUGAAGCUAUAGAUAAAAGACUGCGCUCAAACUAUAGACAAGCUCUAGAAAAAAUAUUACCUUUAAGAGCUGCAACAGGCACCGUAGCAAUAACUAAAGGAUUUGGAUCAGGUUUUACUUGUAUUAUUCACAUUGUGUAUCCAUAUAGGGAGAGAGAACAAGACAUUACGUUUAGAAGGAAAACUUUGACAACAGCAUUUCAAAAUAUCUUCUUGCAAGCAAUGAAGGUAAAAGAUGUAAAAAAAGUAGCUACAACAAUUUUUGGAAUAGUUACACUGCUUGUUGGUGACAGGAUAUGGGCUAUACACUGUCGAGGAAAUACAUAUCAGGCGAGAGCGAAGCCUGAUAUGGAUUUUUGA